CUAACACUAUUCUCACCACCAGCCGUCAUUGCAUUGGUUUUUUAUGUUUUCCCGAUAAUUAUGGGCGUUAGUCGAGUCGUCAUGGGACGACAUUAUUUGAGCGAUGUUCUUUUUGGACUAACACUGGGUUGCAUCGAAGGCCACGUCGCGCAGUUAUUACCCUACAGCGUAAUACCGUUUCUGAAGCAGUCACUUCCAGUCGUUUUCGCAUUCGAUAAAUCAUAA